CACCAGAUGCACACUCACUCCACACCUAGGAAUUGCCCGCGCCCCUAGAGGGCAGGAGCGCGGCCUUUGUACUGGCGUAGGAGCUGGGCGAAAGAGAAUUUGCAGAAGAGAGAAUUUGCGGUCCAGAGGCAACGAGUUUUGCCGGUAGGGAUGGGCCCCAGACCCUGGUGAUUUCUGCCUCUUCUUGGGUAUCCAAGCAUUACUCUUCACUAAGGGUCCUGGGCUUGGAAAGUCACUAAAGGCAGAAUGACUCUAUUUUCUGACCUGGCUCAUGGACAAAACCUUUGACUCUGGAAAAUCCAGGUCUUCUGGGCCAACCAACCUCCUGACACAACUGGCCCUGUAGGAACAACCCAGUUGAGCGAGUGCACUGUGAGUUCAAAUGCCUUCAUUGACAGGAAGCCAACACACCUGCUGCUGAUUCCAUGUUUGGGUGGCACUGGCUAUGAGAAAGUUCUGCCUUUUGUUGCAUUAAUAAAACUUCCUGGAAUGUUUACCCACCAACCUGUUAUGCCCUUGGGUCUCUACAGAACCAGUUUGGUCUCUCUUCCAGUUUUUUAAAUAUUUGAAGACAGCCAGAGAUGGCAUCCACAGCCUGCCCUCUCAAUUUGACCCUGAAGGAAGAGGAAGAAGAAGAAGAGAUUCAGAGCCGGGAACUAGAGGAUGGCCCCACAGAUAUGCAAAAAGUCCGAAUCUGCUCAGAGGGUGGAUGGGUGCCAGCCCUAUUCGAUGAGGUGGCCAUAUAUUUUUCCGAUGAGGAGUGGGAAGUUUUGACGGAGCAACAAAAGGCUCUCUACCGGGAGGUCAUGAGGAUGAAUUAUGAAACUGUCCUGUCUCUGGAAUUCCCAUUCCCUAAGCCUGACAUGAUCACUCGGUUGGAAAAGGAGGAGUCUCAGAAUUCUGAUGAAUGGCAGCUCCAAGGAGGAACCUUUGCAGAAAAGGAAGAAUCCGACAUGAAGCCCCCAGAUUGGGCGGGCCCGAUGAACGCAGCCUCGCAGCUUCCCCAGGCUCAGCACCUGGAUGGCUUUGGCCUCCGUCUGCCUCGGGACAUCACAGAGCUGCCCGAGUGGGGCGAGGGGUACCCUUUCUACAUGGCCAUGGGCUUCCCCGGGUAUGACCUCUCGGCCGACGACCUGGCCGGGAAGUUUCAGUUCAGCCGGGGCAUGCGCCGCAGUUACGACGCAGGAUUCAAGUUAAUGGUGGUGGAGUACGCCGAGAGCACCAACAACUGCCAGGCGGCCAAGCAGUUUGGGGUGCUGGAGAAAAACGUCCGCGACUGGCGCAAAGUGAAGCCGCAGCUGCAGAACGCCCACGCCAUGCGGCGUGCCUUCCGCGGCCCCAAGAACGGGCGCUUCGCCCUGGUGGACCAGCGCGUGGCCGAAUAUGUGCGAUACAUGCAGGCCAAAGGGGACCCCAUCACCAGGGAGGCUAUGCAGCUGAAAGCUCUGGAGAUCGCCCAGGAGAUGAACAUUCCAGAGAAAGGGUUCAAGGCUAGCUUGGGUUGGUGUCGAAGAAUGAUGCGGAGGUAUGACUUGUCACUGCGACAUAAGGUGCCCGUGCCCCAGCAGCUGCCCGAAGACCUGACCGAGAAGCUUCUCACCUACCAGCGGAGCGUCCUGGCUCUGCGCAGGGCACAUGACUACCAGGUGGCUCAGAUGGGAAACGCAGACGAGACGCCAAUUUGCUUAGAGGUGCCCUCGAGGGUGACUGUGGACAACCAGGGGGAAAAGCCUGUCUUGGUCAAGACGCCAGGGAGGGAGAAACUGAAAAUCACAGCCAUGCUUGGUGUCUUGGCUGAUGGGAGGAAGUUACCUCCAUAUAUCAUUCUGAGGGGCACGUACAUCCCCCCUGGGAAGUUCCCGAGUGGCAUGGAAAUCCGCUGCCACCGGUAUGGAUGGAUGACGGAGGAUCUGAUGCAGGACUGGCUAGAGGUGGUGUGGAGGCGGAGGACGGGCGCGGUGCCCAAGCAGCGAGGGCUGCUGAUCCUGAACGGCUUCCGGGGCCACGCCACCGACUCAGUGAAGAGCUCCAUGGAGAGCAUGAACACCGACAUGGUCAUCAUCCCGGGGGGCUUGACCUCACAGCUGCAGGUGUUGGAUGUGGUGGUCUACAAACCGCUGAAUGACAGUGUCCGGGCCCAGUAUUCCAACUGGCUCCUGGCGGGCAACCUGGCGCUGAGCCCCACCGGGAACGCCAAGAAGCCGCCGCUGGGCCUUUUUCUGGAGUGGGUCAUGGUGGCAUGGAAUAGCAUCUCGAGCGAGUCCAUCGUCCAAGGGUUCAAGAAGUGCCACAUCUCCAGCAACCUGGAGGAUGAGGAUGACGUGCUGUGGGAAAUCGAGAGCGAGCUGCCAGGCGGAGGGGAACCACCCAAGGAGUGUGACACUGAGAGCCUGACGGAGAGCCACUGAGGGAAAGCCGAGCAAAUAGAACUGUGUUUGGAACAUUUGGGGAGGAAAAUCGUCAAGAAGAUUCCUUGCAGCCUGAAUGCACAGGGAGAAGCAAGAAAAGGCUGUGGGGCUUGAAAUAACCCAGGUCUGGACAGCAGCCUGAGCAUCCGGCCCUGGGAUAGAGCCCAACCCCAUCCCACACCAUGAGGAGUCCAAAAAGUUGAGGACCCUUCAUUUCAUCAGAAACGUGAUUAGAAAAGAAACUGCUUCUGCCUCAUUUCUUGUUUUAGAAAUUCCGUUUAUAGAACCUGUAAAUAGGUGUGAACAAACGUAUUUCCUAGAGAAGAGACCAUUUGUUCAACACCAACAAGAAACUCAUCAUAUGGGCCCAACUCCACUGGUAUUCUUUCUUUGGAGAAAACCUCAAGUUAAUGUUUUUCCUUCUGCCUCUAAAAAUGCUUCCAUCAGUAGAACCUGUCCCCACACAGGUCAAGACUGCAGAGAAGGCUUUGUAGAAAUGGCCAUUUAUGUACACGUGCUACUUACACAUUUCCUUUUUUGGAAAAAUGAGAUGCUAAUAAUGACAAAAUUCAGACAUACUGGCCUAAUGCCAGCAGAUGGCUUUUCUACAAACUAGGUUAGUAUGGAAGAUACAGAUUAAAAUAAACUAUGCUAUUUUAUUUAUCUUCCCAAUCUGGUUGGCAGCUAGACUUUUCUAGGGUCUCAUUUAAUGGCCCUAUGUUUCAUUAUUAUUUUAUUUAAUGAUAGGGUAGCAUUUAGUACACAAGCUCUUCUGUUUCUCAGGCUGCCUGCAGAAGUCACCAUAAAUUAUCUGUUGUCUACAUGGUACAAAGCUCAUUGACUCACCUGAUACCGUUUGGUUAAUUCCUUUAAUAUUUUUAUCACAAGGGUGGUAAGAGGGCUUGGGCCUUUAGCCACAGCUGUUUCAGGACUUCUAAACUUCUAUCCCGCAAAAAUAGGUGGGAGAUCUUUGAAAUUUUACACUAUACUAAUUUGCAUUCCCACAUAAGUUGAGUGUUAUUAAAACAUUCCAUCAAAGCUACCUGUGCUACAAAAAAAUAUGCCAGAACCUCAUAGACAAAGCCCUUGCUAGAAACGUCAUUCCAAUGUCAGAUCUGGAUAACAGGCUACCAUAACCACUUUUCCUUCCUAUAGACCCAGCUCAUUUGUAUAAUAUUCUUGGCAUCCUGAAACACCUAUUUCUACUCAGGUACUCAUUCCUAUUAUUAGUGACCCAUGUUCCUCAUUUUUUAAAACCAGUUUUCCUCCAAGAGGGGAACUUUAACUUCUGGUGUCUGAUUACUUUUCAGUUUGAAUUGUUUCAUUUGCUUUUACCUGCACUGUAUUCUUUAUCAUCUCAAAUGGCAUCUAAAUCCAGCUACUUUUCAUUCCAGAAGUUUUCAUUCCCUCCAAUUCCACUUAAUUUAUCCUCCACUAUCCUGGUUCCUGGCCCUUUCCUCUACGUACUGUUUUACUUGUUUUGGGAGCUUAAAGGAUUUUAUAAGACCUAGUUUUUGGUUCCCGCACUGGAGCCAUAGUUGUCUUGCAGAGAAGAGUAGAAAAUGGGUUCAACUCCUGUUUCAUUCCACCAACACCUCCUUAAGUCUCAUCAUCAGCUGACAGGUGAUGCCUUACAGGUUGCAUAGCACUGGAACUUCUAGAGUAAUGGCUCUACUGUCAGGGUUUUCUGGGCUCACUCUUCCACUGACUUAUGAUCUAUGCCUAACAGAGCCCCAGUACAACUAUUUUGCAGAAUGGCUAUUACCCUAGAGAUACUAUAGCACAUAUUGAGACAUAGUUGUACUCCCCAGUAGAUAGGAACUGAGUCUAACAAUAAACUUUGAUAAUAAAGACAA